GGCCAGGGUAGGCCGUCAUUGUAAAAAAUAAUUUGUUCUUCACUGACUUGCCUAGUUAAAUAACAUUGAGUUAUCGAUUACGUGGGAGAGAAACAUAAACAAGUAGAACUUCACCCAAGAGACUGGAGUUGAGCAUAAUGAAUGGAGAGGGCUUGAGGUGCUGACAUUAUGUUAGAUCAUCUGAUAUACUGGCGCAGGCUUAUUAGAUUCAUUGAAGCAGGGAAACCCAGAGGACAGACCUACAGGCUCGUCAUAUCAAAAUUCUCCACCUCGUCUCUAUAGUGUCAGUCUUUCUAUUAGAACUCCAUCACUCCCUCAGAUGUAGGAGCCACAGGGUCAACAUGUGAGUGAAUGUUACAUGCCCAUAGAUGUACAUAGAAGUGGAAGUCAAUGCAAAAUAACCUUAUGAGCAUAUUAGGUAUCGGAGUAUACCAAAGCUCCAACAGUGGUGUAAACAGAAAGGUAAUGUUUUGGAGUUUGAGGCUGUAACCCCCCUGUUUAUACUGUAGCUCAGGGGUUGCUUAGCAGUUUCUGUGGUGAAUGCACAUGCUGUCCCUGCACAUGGCAGAGCGCUAAGAUUACUAUGGAGAGGACAAAGAGCACCAGUAUAUGACAAGACUGCAGAGGCCAAUCAUUGAAUAAACCCCAUUGUUGCUGUUGCCGGAUUCAUCCACCAACUACUUGCCAUUUGCACUAUAAAUACAAUUCGAGUUAUCCUCUGCAGGUCCCAGGGCAACAGAGGAGCAGCACCACUGUUCCAACCAUGCCUAUCAACUCAUCCCAUGGAUAACACUUACUGCUUGUAGCUGCUAGAAUUGAUCAGCUGGGUAUAUAAAUGUUGUGAGUGAUGCUGAUAUGUACAGGGCAAUCCAUCCCACUAUGAGGCAGCCUUCCUGAACUCUUUGGGGGAAAAUAUAGCUGCUCUUUUGUAUGGCGAGUCUAAGUCAUUAAACCGGAUAAACCAGUCAUUAAGCCAUUGUAAUUAGAUAGAGAUUGAAUAACAUUAGCUAGCCAAGGGGAAACUAAGAGAGGAGACAGGCUCCACCCCCCAGUACCACUCUCAGAAGGUGAUUCAGAAGUCAUGGCUGACCACAACAAGGUAUUACCCAGUCCUCUUUUCCGCCGAGAUGUAAAUUGGGAUCCUUUCCGUGAGUGAACACAGCCUAGCCACAUGAUCAUGGAGAAGGACUCUGGCCUCCCUCCUUUCCUGGAUCCAGGCGAUGUGAGCUGGAUAGAUUGGGCUAGGAAUACAUUGGCAUCAACCUCCUGGCCAGGGUACACACACUAUCCCCUCUUCAGCCUCAGCACUGUUCUUCCUGCUGCAGUGGCACCCCAGAUUUCAGCCAGGCUUCAGAGGCAACUGUCUGGAGGAGUGUCAGAGAUCAGGACAGAACAGGGCAGAUGGAGGAUCACCCUGGAUGUUAAUCACUUCUCACCAGAGGAGAUGUCAAUCAAAACCAAGGGGGGCUUCCUGGAGAUUGCAGGUCAACAUGAUGAAAGGGAAGACAAACAUGGAUCAGUCUCAAGGUGCUUUAUAAGGAAAAACAAGCUGCCCCCUGGUGUGGACUUGCAGCACAUCAGCUCAUCUCUGUCUGGUGAAGGGGUUCUCUUAGUAGAAGCACCUCUACCAGGCUCAGCUACCACCAUCCUCCCCAGUGACAUGGUCAUCCUCAUUCAGAUCAAGCAUGAGCAGGAGGGGAAAGAGUGAAUCCAGUUGUCCAGAUGUUGAGAUCCAUCACAAUUAGAUAUAAAUCUUAGGGUAAAGCUUAGAAGUGAAUGACAGUGUUGACAACUUUUGACAAAAAUGUGAUUGUGGAUUAGGUAUUGGUCAUUCAAAAUGACAAACAUAGUGGCUUCUAUUGCUGUUGAAACCCUAUAACUUAAUUUACUCUCAUUGUAACCGCAAGGUUGUCAGGUUUUUCUAUGCAUUUUGGUUAAUCAUGUCCCAUGAUUUAACUAGCAAAACUAAGAUAAACAACAGAAAUCAUCAAGACUGAUGAAAUGUACUUUCUCAUUUGUCAAAUGAUAGGUUAAUUGGGAGUAAAAAUGACCAUUCCUUCGACACAUUGGUGCGGCUGGCUUCCGGGUUAAGUGGGCAUUGCGUAAUGAAGCAGUGCGGCUAGGCGUCCUGCUAGCGGGACAACUUCCAGUGAAGCUGGAGGGCGCGUAAUUCAAAUAAAUAAUCAUAAAAAUGAUGGAUAUUAAACAUUUAGAUACAUACAAGUGUCUUAUAUUGGUUGAAAGCUUGUUAAUUUAACUGCACUGUUCGAUUUACAGUAGCUAUUACAGCAAAAGCAUGCCAUGUGAUUGUUUGAGGACGGUGCCCCAAAUCCAAAUAUUUUUCCACUGGCACAGGUUUCAUAAAUUCACAAAUAGCGAUGAAAUAUUCUUGAAAAUUAUCCUCCGAUUUGGCAUCUAAAGGGUCCCAGCUAUAACAUGUAGUAUCGUUUUGUUAGAUAAAAUUCUUCUUUAUAUCCCAAAAAGUCUGUUUACUUUGCGCCAUCGAUUUGAGUAAUCCACUCGUUCAACACGCAGAGAAAGAAAUCCGAAAAUCUACCCCUAAACUUUGUUUCAACAAGUCAAAAUACGUUUCUAUUUACUCCUCGGAUACCCUUAAAUGUUAUCAAGCUCUAAUAUUUCUUAUGGAAAGAAGUAUGUUCAAUAGGAAACCGAUUUUAGCAGGUGCGUUUUCUCUUCAUGGCGCGCCCAAACAUGAAUUUCCAAGACUGUGUCCCUUUACUAAAACUGAUAUUUCUUAUUCGUUUUGGAAGUUACAAGCCUGAAACCUUGAACAUAGACUGCAGACACCCUAUGGGAGCUAGAAUUCAGUAUGCCCCUAUACUUUCCAUGGUAAGAGCAUGAUCUCGCUCAAAAAAAAAAUUCUGGUUGGUUUUUCUUUGGAUUUUCUCCUACCAUAUCUAUUGUGUUAUAUUCUCCUACAUUAUUUUAACAUUUCUACAAACGUCCAUGUGUUUUCUUUCCAAUGGUACUAAUUAUAUGCAUAUUCUGGCUUCAGGACCUGAGCAACAUACAGUUUACCUUGGGCAUGUCAUUCAGGCGGAAAUUGAGAAAAAAGGGGCCUAGCCCUAAGAAGUUCUAAGAAUGCUGAAACAGUUCUACAAAUCAUACAUUUCAAUAUUGCUAUUUCUAUGAAUGUAAUAUUUUUUUAAUAAAAGCAAUUAACAAUC